UUUCAGGAAAUCUUAAGGUGUUUCUUGGUAGGAGCGGAACGGUUGGAAAGAACAAAUGACAGCGCAUUAUUAUCUCCAUGGCGACACUGAUGCCGAUAGGAAAUUGAGAAAGAGUAGGGUGGGGUGUACCGGAGGAGUGAAUGGCUGAGGUGCAUAUUAUCGGAGAGAUUGAAAGUGCGUUUGGAUUCCCCGAACAACGCCUUUUUUGUCGUUGGGAACUUGGAUUUGGUGGUGGAUGGCGUGUGAUACAAGGAGUGAGCAAAGGACAAACUCAGACCGAUUUAUCUGAAUAUGGGGAUUUCGCAUACUUUUCACACCCGUUGGAUAUACAUCUCGUCACUAAAACUAUACAAGGAUGGCCUUCAGUUAGUUUACAAAUUUGGCACUACGAUGAAUUUGGUCGCCAAGAACUGUAUGGUUACGGUUCCAUAUAUUUGCCAGCUUCACCCGGUGAACAUCAGAUGAAAUGUUAUACGUGGAGGCCGAAAGGUGAUCUACGUGAAGAAAUGAUGCAGUACUUUGUUGGGGGCAGUUUACAGUUGAGCAAUGAAACUUCGACACGACUCGAUGAACAUUCAAGAUUGCGUACUGUAUCCAUGGGUGUCGUUAGACUGCGCAUUUCUGUAAUAACCAAAAAUUUUGAUCGUUUCGGAAUUCAGUGUUGAUGAUUUAAUCUCUGUUUAACAUUGUUUGUGGUCUCGUAAAUGUGAACGCCAUUUGUAAUAUAUUAGUAAAAGCACUUCGCUAGCAAGAGCAUUUUUUCUUGGGGCAGAAUCUCUCCAUUUAGAACUCAUUCAUUCUUUGCACAUCCUACCUAUACCACUUCCUAUCAAAUAUAUCAGUCAUCCGUUAGCAGUGACUAUUCGCUGCCACACACU